CAAAAAUAUCAAAACAAUACCAUAAAGUUCCAUACCUAUGAACCUUGUGUACAAGUUGAUGGAAUGUAAGGACUGUAAGGACUGCUAAUUCUGGAUGCGAAUCCUUAGUUUUUGUUUUCUAUCUUAUCUCCUGAAGUAAUUUUGGAUUUGCCACCUAUUAUCAUUUUAAUUACCCUGGACCAUGGCGUUUACUUUUGCUGCAUUUUGCUAUAUGCUUUCCUUGGUUCUGUGUGCAUCGCUGGUAUUCUUUGCAAUUUGGCACAUAAUUGCAUUUGACGAACUCCAAACAGAUUUCAAGAACCCAAUUGAUCAGGGCAAUCCACUUCAUGCAAGGGAGAGACUGAAAAACAUUGACAGGAUCUGCUUUUUGCUGAGAAAGCUGGUUCUACCAGAGUACUCCAUCCAUGUCCUUUUCUGUAUAAUGUUCCUGUGUGCCCAGGAAUGGCUGACUGUUGGCCUGAAUGUUCCCCUACUAUUCUACAACAUAUGGAGGUAUUUCCAAAGCCCCACAGACAGCACAGAGUUAUUGUAUGAUCCUGCUUCAGUGAUGAAUGGGGACACUCUGAAAUUUUGUCAAAAAGAAGCCUGGUGCAAGCUGGGUUUUUAUUUAGUAUCAUUCUUCUACUAUCUCUACUGCAUGAUAUACACAUUGGUAAGUUCCUAA